AUGCCUGCUGUCUGCUUCCUCCUGCUGGUCCUCCCUGCCCUGGCGGGGGCCGUGGACAGCAGCAGGCCCUUCCCGGCCUUCUUGGUGACAGACACUACGCUCACGCACCUGGCCGUGCACCGGGUGACUGGGGAGGUGUUUGUGGGUGCAGUGAACCGCAUCUUCAAGCUGGCCCCCAACCUGACCGAGCUGCGCGCCCACGUCACGGGGCCUGUCGAGGACAAUGCUCGCUGCUACCCACCCCCCAGCAUGCGAGUGUGUGCCCACCGCCUGGCACCUGUAGACAACGUGAACAAGCUGCUGCUCAUAGACUACGCGGCCCGCCGCCUGGUGGCCUGUGGCAGCAUCUGGCAGGGCAUCUGCCAGUUCCUGCGCCUGGACGACCUCUUCAAGCUGGGUGAGCCCCACCACCGCAAGGAGCACUACCUGUCAGGGGCUCAGGAGCCUGACUCCAUGGCCGGCGUCAUUGUGGAGCAGGGGCAGGGGCCCAGCAAGCUGUUCGUGGGCACCGCUGUGGACGGCAAGUCCGAGUACUUCCCCACCCUCAGCUCCCGCAAGCUCAUCAGCGACGAGGACAGUGCCGACAUGUUCAGUCUGGUGUACCAGGACGAGUUUGUCUCCUCGCAAAUCAAGAUCCCCUCAGACACGCUGUCCUUGUACCCCGCCUUUGACAUCUACUACAUCUACGGCUUUGUGAGCGCCUCCUUCGUGUACUUCCUGACGCUGCAGCUGGACACCCAGCAGACGCUGCUGGACACGGCGGGCGAGAAAUUCUUCACGUCCAAGAUCGUGCGCAUGUGCGCCGGGGACUCGGAGUUCUACUCGUAUGUGGAGUUCCCCAUCGGCUGCUCCUGGCGAGGCGUGGAGUACCGCCUGGUGCAGAGUGCCCACCUGGCCAAGCCCGGCCUGCUGCUGGCCCAGGCCCUGGGCGUGCCGCCUGACGAGGACGUCCUCUUCACCGUGUUCUCUCAGGGCCAGAAGAACCGCGCCAGCCCGCCACGGCAGACCAUCCUCUGCCUCUUUACCCUCAGCAACAUCAAUGCCCAUAUCCGGCGCCGCAUCCAGUCCUGCUACCGCGGGGAGGGCACGCUGGCCCUGCCCUGGCUGCUCAACAAGGAGCUGCCCUGCAUCAACACCCCCAUGCAGAUAAAUGGGAACUUCUGCGGGCUGGUGUUGAACCAGCCCCUGGGGGGCCUGCAUGUGAUCGAGGGGCUGCCCCUGCUGGCUGACAGCAGUGACGGCAUGGCCAGUGUGGCCGCCUACACCUACCGCCAGCACUCUGUGGUCUUCGUCGGCACUCGGACUGGCACUCUGAAGAAGGUCCGGGUUGAUGGCUCCCAGUACGCCCACCUGUACGAGACCGUGCCUGUGGUGGAUGGCAGCCCCAUACUCCGGGACCUGCUCUUCAGCCCUGACCACCGGCACAUCUACCUCCUGAGUGAGAAGCAGGUGAGCCAGCUCCCAGUGGAGACGUGCGAGCAGUACGUGAGCUGCGCGGCCUGCCUCGGCUCGGGGGACCCCCACUGUGGUUGGUGUGUGCUGCAGCACAGGUGCUGCCGCCAAGGGGCCUGUCCGGGUGCCUCAGCCCCACACGGCUUUGCCGAGGAACUGAGCAAAUGUGUCCAGGUGCGGGUCCGGCCCAACAAUGUUUCGGUGAGCUCGCCCGCUGUGCAGCUGACGGUGGCCAUGCGCAACGCGCCGGACCUCAGCGCUGGUGUGAGCUGUGCCUUUGAGGAGGUGACGGAGAGCGCGGCCGUCGUGCUGCCCUCCGGGGAGCUGCACUGCCCCUCGCCCUCCCUCCAGGAGCUCCGGGCUCUCACCCGGGGGCAUGGGGCCACGCGCACCGUGCGGCUACAGCUGCUCUCCAGGGAGACUGGGGUGAAGUUCGCCGGGGUCGACUUCGUCUUGUACAACUGCAGCGCGCUCCAGUCGUGCAUGUCCUGCGUCGGCAGCCCUUACCCCUGCCACUGGUGUAAGUACCGUCACGUGUGUACCAGCCACCCCCACGAGUGCUCCUUCCAGGAGGGCAGGGUCCACAGCCCUGAGGGCUGCCCUGAGAUCCUGCCCGGUGGGGACCUCUUGAUCCCAGUGGGCGUCAUGCAGCCUCUUACCCUGCGGGCCAAGAACCUGCCACAGCCGCAGUCAGGCCAGAAGAACUACGAGUGCGUGGUCCGGGUGCAGGGGCGCCAGCAGCGGGUGCCGGCCGUGCGCUUCAACAGCAGCAGCGUGCAGUGCCAGAACGCCUCGUACUCCUAUGAAGGCGACGAGUCCGGCGACACCGAGCUGGACUUCUCUGUGGUCUGGGAUGGGGAUUUCCCCAUCGACAAGCCUGCCACCUUCCGAGCUCUCCUGUAUAAGUGCUGGGCGCAGCGGCCCAGCUGCGGCCUCUGCCUCAAGGCUGACCCUCGCUUCAACUGCGGCUGGUGCGUCUCGGAGCACAGGUGCCAGCUGCGGGCGCACUGCCCAGCCCCCAAGACCAACUGGAUGCACCCGAGCCAGAAGGGCACCCGCUGCAGCCACCCCCGCAUUGCCCAGGGGGGCCCCCCCCCCCCCCUUUCGAUCCACCCGCUCAUGGGGCCCAAGGAGGGAGGCACCCGGGUCACCAUCGUGGGCGAGAACCUGGGCCUCAGCUACCGAGAGGUGGGCCUGCGGGUCGCGGGCGUGCGCUGCAACUCCAUCCCCUCUGAGUACGUCAGCGCCGAGAGGAUCGUGUGUGAGAUGGAGGAGUCGCUGGUGCCCAGCCCGCCGCCAGGGCCUGCGGAGCUCUGUGUGGGCGACUGUUCCGCUGACUUCCGCACUCAGUCUGAGCAGCUCUACAGCUUUGUGACGCCAGCAUUUGACCGCGUGAGUCCCAGUCGGGGCCCGGCGUCCGGGGGCACACGGCUCACCAUCUCCGGGAGCUCGCUGGACGCCGGCAGCAGGGUCACUGUGACUGUGAGGGACCGCGAGUGCCAGUUUGUGAGGAGAGAUGCUGAGGCAAUUGUGUGUAUCUCACCCGUAUCGACCCUGGGCCCCAGCCAGGCCCCCAUCACCCUGGCCAUCGACCGCGCCAACAUCUCCAGUCCUGGAGUCUUCUACACCUACACCCAGGACCCCACUGUCACUCGCCUUGAGCCCACCUGGAGCAUAAUCAAUGGAAGCACUGCCAUCACUGUGAGCGGGACCCACCUACUGACAGUCCAGGAGCCCCGGGUCCGGGCCAAGUACCGAGGCAUCGAGACCACCAAUACGUGCCAGGUGAUCAACGACACCGCCAUGCUAUGUAAGGCCCCCGGCAUCUUCCUGGGACGGCCCCAGCCCCAGGCCCAGGGUGAACACCCCGACGAAUUCGGCUUCGUGCUGGAUCAUGUGCAGACGGCCCGCUCCCUCAACCGGUCCUCCUUUACCUACUACCCUGACCCCAGCUUUGAGCCACUUGGGCCCUCUGGUGUCCUGGAUGUCAAACCUGGCUCCCACGUGGUGCUGAAGGGCAAGAAUCUGAUCCCUGCAGCGGCUGGCAGCUCCCGCCUCAACUACACGGUGCUGAUCGGGGGCCAGCCAUGCGCCCUCACGGUCUCCGACACGCAGCUGCUGUGUGACUCGCCCAGCCAGACGGGCCGGCAGCCUGUCAUGGUGCUGGUGGGCGGCCUGGAGUUCUGGCUGGGUACCCUGCACAUCACGGCUGAGCGGGCGCUGACCCUGCCGGCCGUGGUGGGCCUGGCGGCAGGCGGUGGCCUCUUACUGCUGGCCAUCACCGCCGUGCUGGUGGCCUAUAAGCGUAAGACCCAGGAUGCCGACCGCACGCUCAAGCGGCUUCAGCUGCAGAUGGACAACUUGGAGUCCCGCGUGGCUCUGGAAUGCAAGGAAGCCUUUGCUGAGCUGCAGACAGACAUCAAUGAGCUGACCAAUCACAUGGAUGGCGUGCAGAUCCCGUUCCUGGACUACCGGACCUACGCAGUGCGCGUGCUCUUCCCGGGCAUUGAGGCCCAUCCGGUGCUCAAGGAGCUGGAUACCCCCCCCAACGUCGAAAAGGCCCUGCGCCUCUUUGGACAGCUGCUGCACAGCCGUGCCUUCGUGCUCACCUUCAUCCACACGCUGGAGGCCCAGAGUAGCUUCUCCAUGCGAGACCGUGGCACCGUGGCCUCGCUCACCAUGGUGGUCCUGCAGAGCCGCCUCGAUUACGCCACGGGGCUGCUCAAGCAACUGCUGGCAGACCUCAUAGAGAAAAACCUGGAGAGCAAGAACCACCCGAAGCUGCUGCUGCGCAGGUACUAG